AUGUUGGCAAACCAAAAAAUUCAGCCAAGUGCACCGGUGCCAGAUAUUGACACGCUGAUCAAGGCGAUGAUCCAGGAACUCCUUCCGAAAAGUGAGAAGGGGCAACAAGUCCACACCAACAUCACUUGGAAGCAACAAAUCCAAUUCAGCCAUCUCCGAUUGGAGACGGUCUCGAACUACCUCAAUCAUCCCCCCAAAGGUGUCACACAGGGGACGAUGAUUGAUCAACGUUUAGAAGAUCUCCAAUGGAAGUCUACUGCCUUCCGACAAAAACAUGCUCAACUGGUCAUUGCAAAGGACAAGGAACUCUUUGGCCAGGGUAAGCUCUAUAAAGAUAUUGUGAAGGCAAGGAUUCUCAUUCCAACCAUGCAAGAAGUUCAGGACGCCAUGCAACUUCCCAAGCCUUCUGCGCCUUCCCCUGUUGCCACCUAA